AUGGGUCAAAUCGCUCAACAAUUAGCAUUGAGUUCUCAAGCACAAGGUGCUCUACCUAGUGCAAUUGUGCCCAAUCCUAGAGAGCAUCAUAAUGUGAGCGUUGUGACAACAAGAAGUGGUAAAUCGGAUGAAGUUGUCGAGGAAGUGAGUGAAGAGGAAGACCAAUUGAUCGAAGUGGACCUGGAGAUCAAAGAAAAUGAAGUUGUUAGGGAAGAAGUGGUAGCACCGAAACCUGUUGUAAAAGAAACAGUCAUUGAGCCUAAGUCGGUUGUUAAGCUUCCCUUCCCCACUAGAGACAAGAAAAAAGGACAACAUGAUAAAAACUUUGAAAAAUUCUUAGAGUUGUUCAAGAAGCUGGAGAUUAACAUUCCUUUGUUGGAGGCACUUGAACAAAUGCCUACUUAUGCCAAGUUCAUGAAGGAUAUCAUUUCAAAGAGGCGUACCACCGACACUAACCCAAUUAUUCUAACCGAAACUUGUAGUGCUAUUUUACAGGGUAUGAAGAUUCCGAUAAAGAAGAAAGAUCGAGGAGCUGUCACCAUCCCAUGUAGUAUUGGAGAUAUGUCAUUCAACAAAGCUCUUAUUAAUCUGGGAGCUAGUGUGAGUCUCAUGCCGUUAUCCAUUUAUAAGAAGCUUGGUAUAGGGGUUGUGCAAGAUACCAGGAUGACACUCCAAUUCGCCGAUCAUUCGGUCAAGAAACCGUAUGGCAUUGUUAAAGAUGUUCUGGUGAAGAUUGAUAAUCACACUAUAGAGGUUCUGAAUCAGGUGACGACCAAUGAUAGCCCUUUGAAUGCACCACCGUCACCUUUGGAAAGAGUGUUGAGUUUAUCCAAUUCCGACAGUGAUAAAGAAGAGGAUAACGGUGAGGAGAGUGAAGAGCCAAAGAAAGGAACGGAGUUGAAACAACUUCCGGAGAACCUCAAAGAUGUGUUUUUAGAGUCUGAAGGAAAAUGUCAUGCAACUAUAGAGGCAGUGAAAUUGUUGGAUGUAGGGCCUAUAUAUCCUACUUUUGACAAUAUCAAGCCACAAAGAAAAGAGUUAAUUGAAGGACAACUAGUGCUCAUGUUCAAAUCCAGAUUAAAGCCUCUAGGAAAGUUGAAACCCAGGUGGUUGGAUCCGUUUGUGGUUCACAAAGUGUUUCCCCAUGGAGCUAUCGAACAGAAAAAUCCAAAUAAUGGGGAUACCUUCAAGGUAAAUGGACAACGAUUGAAGCAAUACUAUCAGGGACAUGAAAGUGGUCUGAUUGAGAAUGUUCAUUCUAGGUUCACAGUUACAUCAUGCAGUUCAGAAGAGAAUGGUUGA